CCAUACUGCGGUCAGCUCCGGACAGCCCGGCCUGGGGACAAUGAGGUCGUCAUGCGUCCUAUUGGCCGCGCUGCUGGCGCUAGUCGCCUACUACGUUUACAUCCCACUGCCCAGCGCUGUGUCCGACCCCUGGAAACUGAUGCUGCUGGAUGCCACUUUCCGCGGCGCGCAGCAAGUGAGUAACCUGAUACAUUCCCUGGGACUGAGCCACCAUCUGAUCACUCUGAAUUUCAUCAUCAUCUCUUUUGGCAAGAAAAGCGCAAGGUCUUCUCCAAGAGUGAAGGUGACGGACACUGACUUCGAUGGCGUGGAGGUCCGAGUAUUCGAAGGCCCUCCAAAACCGGAUGAGCCGCUGCGCCGCAGUGUGGUCUAUAUCCACGGAGGAGGCUGGGCCUUGGCCAGUGCAAAAAUCAGCUACUAUGACCAACUGUGCACAGCAAUGGCCGAGGAGCUGAACGCCGUCAUCGUUUCUAUUGAAUACAGGCUAGUUCCACAGGUUUAUUUUCCUGAGCAAAUUCAUGAUGUCAUCCGGGCCACCAAAUACUUCCUACAGCCAGAAGUCUUAGACAAGUACAAGGUGGACCCUGGAAGAGUCGGCGUUUCUGGAGACAGUGCUGGUGGGAAUUUGGCUGCGGCCCUUGGACAGCAGUUUACCUACGUUGAAAGCUUGAAGAAUAAGCUCAAACUACAGGCUUUGAUCUACCCGGUCCUGCAGGCUUUGGACUUCAACACACCCUCUUAUCAGCAGAGCAUGAAUACUCCCAUCCUGCCUCGCCACGUCAUGGUGAGGUACUGGGUAGACUACUUCAAGGGCAACUAUGACUUUGUAGAGGCAAUGAUUGUGAACAAUCACACUUCACUUGAUGUAGAAAGGGCUGCAGCCCUCAGGGCCCGUCUCGACUGGACAUCCCUGUUGCCCUCAUCCAUCAAAAAGAACUACAAGCCUGUCUUACAGACCACAGGGGACGCCAGAAUCGUCAAGGAGAUCCCCCAGCUGCUGGAUGCCGCUGCUUCCCCGCUCAUCGCAGAGCAGGAAGUGCUUCAGGCCCUCCCGAAGACCUACAUCCUCACGUGCGAGCAUGAUGUCCUGCGUGACGACGGGAUCAUGUAUGCCAAGCGCCUGGAGAGUGCGGGUGUGAACGUGACCUUGGACCACUUUGAGGACGGCUUCCAUGGCUGUAUGAUUUUCACAAGCUGGCCGACCAACUUCUCCGUGGGAAUCCGGACUAGGGAUAGUUACUUCAAAUGGCUGGAUCAAAACCUGUGAUGGAGGAAACUCCUCAGACGCACGAAGCUCUUGACCUCCGUUCGCUUUGGAAAAACCUGCGCUUUUCAACCAUCUGCACCUUUUCCUCGUUUCACAUUAGUACUGAAAUCUGUACCCUACAGACCUUAUAAUUAUUUACAAAGUGACUCUUAACUAACGCAGUGAAAAAACAUCUGAACCUGGUUUCCCAAAUGCUAGGAAUGGCCCCAGUUUGAGGAGCUAGAAAUAGCCUUAGGUCCUGCCUCUAGCGUGUUCUUUCCAGAAGUUUUUACAGCUGUGGGUGAGGCAGUAAGUUCUGAGGAACAAAAACAACAGCAGCAACAGGACCAUGUUCUGCAGUUUGCUCUGGUUGACGUGGGCUGCAGAGCAGAGUCUAGUGGACACUCUUGAGGGCAGCCCCUGGCACUGCAUGUCCUCCGUCUCCCGGGGUGGUUGUGUGUCCUGUGGGAAUUUUGACAGGAUUUCUAGCAAGACAGAUUUCUUCUCAAAAGCUUUCCUUUCUCGGGAGUAUUACUCUUCUGAGCUAGAUGCUGUAAAUUCAGUGAAACUAAAAGAAUACUUGAAAGUUAGUUUGUACUGCUAUUCUCAGAAAACGUGAGGCUACGUGUACUGGUUAUUUCCUUGGGAAAAUCUUUUGGGAACAUACGUAUUUAACUGUAGAGUAAGUUUCCUAUUGUGAAAUAAGUAAAAGUAGAAAAAUAACGGCCUGUUGUUACUUAAGAAUACUCCUGGCAUAAAUUACUGAAAGUGGUGUGUGUAUAUAUUUGGGAUAGUAAGGAAAUAAAUUAUGUUUAAUAAUAACUUAAAAUUAUGAGAAAUGCCCGUAGAAGGCUUUGUCCAUUUUUUGGCAGAAGGCCUAGUGCAUUGAAAACUCAACCCUUUUCAGUUGAGUGAAAAAUGGGACUAUUUUGGUAUAGUGGUUGUUUAUUUUUUAAGUUAUUUAAUGUUAAUAUAUAUAGCUAAACAGGAUUUUUCUGAAAAACAUUAUAAAAAUUUUAAGAUAAAAGGUAUUUUAAAAAGACAACUACCAUAAAGUUAUAUCCACAUGUAAUUUUGUGAGGAGAUAGAUAGUAAUAGUAGUACCACGUGUAAGGAUCAAAUACUUUGAUAUUUAUAUUUAUCUGCAUAUGCAAAUUAAAAUAAUUAGAAACUUUUUACCUAGUAAGUCAUGUUGUCCUAGGUACAUGAUGCUGGUUGGCUCUCCUUAAUCUAAAAUCUUGAGUCAGGUCUUAUGAUACAAGUAGAAAAUUCCAGCGAGUGUUUAUUUUGUAUAUAAAAUUAUUAAACCUAUUGUGUGAAGUUACCCUCAGGCUAUCAGAUGUAUAAAAAGCACAAAUGAAUGUCUCAAUUAGAUUUGGGUUCCAUCCUCGAGAUAUUUUAUUAUGUAUAUGCAGAUAUUCCACCAUCUAGAAAAAUUAAAACCCUGGGUACUCUAGACCCCAGCUCUUCAGAUGAGGGUUAGCCAACCUGUAAUUUAAGAGCUUAGGUAAGACUCACCUGCUCGUCUCUGCCCACGAUGGCCAGGGGAAUCCUCUGGGUGAAGGGCAGAUGUUAGCACUGCCUGUUUCUCUUAGUUCUCCUUCCAUUCCUGUCCUGACGGUCUAACUGCCAAGCCUUACCUUCGUACAAGGUCUUCACUGCCAGUGUGGGCAUCUUGGGCAUAUUAAGGGAUUCCAGAUUAGAUCUGAGUUGAGCACCCUGCCCUUCUUCCUAUCACUCCAGCUUCUGCUGAUAAUCCAUGCUUCUUUAAGGGACUGUACAGAGAACACUCAGUCAAAGACAUGAUCCAGUUCGUCAUGGAGAGAGCAGGACCUUUCCACUCCAUGAAGGAUGUGGUUUCCUGUUUCCAGUUUCCAGCAACAAGAUAACAAGUGAAAAUUUGCACACCUACUUUUCUUUUAUCAUAAAAGCUACUAGCACCUUGAUGUACAAAACAAAUGUAACUAUGUGUGCGCGUGUGUACGUGUGUGUAUGUGCGGUGUAUGCAUAAGAAAAUGACUGCACAGGCAACCUUGCUGAUUUGUGCUAUGUGUGUAUAGAAAUAUUGGCACAGGCUACCGUGCUGAUGUGCCCACAUCACUGGUCUUCCUUUUAUCUAAAAUCUGAGAGUAGAAUAACUUGAUCUUUGAGGCCUCUUCCAAUGUUAGUCUUUUCUAAGGUAAUUUUUAGUAGGUCAUAAUUCGGUAUACACUAAUACUCAUCUCUAAAGACUGACUUUACUUAUAAAUUUUUUUAAAUUGGCCAUAUAGCAUUAAUGCCUCCACAGAGUUACCAUUGUUAACUAUAAUUUAGGAUAUAAUUUGAUGCCCAUCUUCAGCCGAGGUUGUUAUGGGGGGAGAGGGGGAGAUCACAGAGUGUUUUCUAAACCUGAUGUUUUUGUUACUAUUUGAGUGACAGCCAUCUUUUCAAGGUGCUGGGCAUGGAACCCAGGCCUUAGAUACUUGGCAAGUGCUUUAUCCCUGAGCUACACCUGAAGCUCUAUUGCUGGUCUCUUCCGCGCCAGUUAAAGGUCGGCACUAUAUAUUGACUUUAUCUACCUCUGAGAAGGAGGAAAAUAUAACUAUCCAGAGUUUCUCAAAAUGGCAUUUCUCUUCCCAAACUAUGAGCCAAAUUCUGCAGAAAUCAUCAACAGUAAAUGAUGUCCGAUGUCUGAAGAGGUCUCAGAGAUGCAAAGAGGACAUAGGCUGCAAAGGGGCCACCCACUGCAUUUGAUGGCAUACUUGAGUUUCCUUUCUCUCUAGGGCUUUAUUCUUAGAGGUAUGUUACGCUCCACAGCAGGCUAACAGCAGAUCUCUUCAGUCUAUGACGGCUUGGCCUCGCUUCCCUGUGUUAUGGAAAGGUCACACUGUGGAAUACUGAAGGGAGAUCUUGAGGUGCUGCAGAGUACAGUGAAGCAGGAAUCCUCUUGGUGUCCAUUUGCAAGGACUCACAGACUUACAGAAUGAUGCCGAAUGGAAUGUUUUGUGCAUGACCUUUUAACCUUUGACUUUUGCCAAUUCCCCGCUGCAAGGGGAAAGGCAGAUUUUAUGAAGAGUUUUAGGAAUUAAAUACAUUUUAUAGAAUGAAAACCCAGUAUGGUACUGGGGAAGUUUAUUUAUGCUUGCAGUCUUGUUUGGAAAUAAAACGGGUCCAUCUGGAA